GGCACCAACCGAGGACCGUGGCGGACGCCCGCCCACGGCCACCCGCACGGCCGCACCCCCAUCUCCGAAUCCGCGUGCGACUGCAAGCUCCUGUCGUCCGAACUCGCCGGGCACCGCCGCUCCCCUGGCCCGUCAACGGCCGGCCGCCGCCUAUCCUCCCGACGCACUGCACUGCCCCUGCGGAAGUGCGAGCGGAGGUCGUCGUCUCCUCCACUCGGACCCGUCGGCCAGCUGCUUGAUAAGGCCCGUCGGCCGUCGCCACGCCGGCGCCGUGCCUCGUGCCCCUGGCCGCAGGGUAAUUGGUAGGCGCGUGCAACCACCCCCGCGCGGAUGCCCCGUUGCGUGGCUCGCUGACGCAGUGGUGAGGCUGCCGAGGGGGGGCGCGGGCGGGGAAAUCUUGGAUCCGGGUUGGUCGGCGACGUGGCGGUGUCCAUAGAGAUUGGAUCCAUGGGCUCGUCCUCCCAUCACGAUGCCAUCUCCGCAUCAGCAGGAAGUUUGGAAUGUGCUGAUGGCAGCAGAAGCGGGAUCAGCAAGUGGACCAAAAUUACAAGCACAAACUCGUGGAGAUGGUGCCUAGGGUUGAUUUACAUCGUUGCUGUUGCCGGUAUAUGGAUUGCCGCUAGCUACAUCGUGCAGUCUGUUGUGGAUGCUGGCGUCUCUCCGUUCUUGAUCACCUACAUAUGCAAUUCUCUGUUUGUUGUCUACAUUCCCAUAGUCGAGGCUGCCCGUUACUUUGAGGAUUCUAUUGGGGACUUUUGGACAAAGUUGAAAUUCAAGGACGCUGAAAGCCUGCAGAGUGGGGGGCAGCAGUCUUCUGACCUGGAGAGUGUGAAUCUUCUCCAAAGUGGGGGGCAUGAGAUCAAUGUUGCCUCGGAUCAAUCACAAACAAGGCCGUCUGAAGACACUUCAGUUCCAGAUACAAGCUUCCCUGCCCAGAUGGAAGUAAGUGUUGUAGCUUGCAGCAAAGGGUUGGAUGCAAAAGGGCGGUGGACGCGUGCUCGUGUGGCCAAAGUGAGCAUGCUAAUCAGCCCCUUUUGGUUCCUUGCACAGCUUACAUUCAAUCUGUCUCUAAGAUACACCACUGUUACGUCAAACACAAUUUUGAGUAGCACGUCUAGCCUCUUCACUUUCUUGGUUGCAUUAGUUUUCCUUGGAGAGACAUUCACAUGGUUGAAGCUAAUUAGUGUGCUUCUCUGCAUGGGAGGUACAAUAAUUGUUAGCCUGGCUGAUUCAAGUAGUUCAGCUAAUGCCAUUGCUACGAAUCCUCUUCUCGGAGAUUUCCUAUCCAUUGUUUCUGCUGGUUUAUAUGCUGUGUAUAUCACCUUGAUUCGAAAAAAGUUGCCCGAUGAGAAAGAAGGUCAAGGACAAGUGAGCAUGGCUCAGUUUCUGGGAUUCCUAGGACUCUUUAAUAUGUUGUUUUUCCUUCCUGUUGCAUUGGUUUUGAAUUUCGCCAAGCUGGAGCCAUUCCACAAGCUCACAUGGGAACAAGUUGGUCUUGUUGUCGGAAAAGGUUUGAUAGACAAUGUUCUGAGUGACUACUUGUGGGCGAAAGCGAUCCUUCUCACGACAACUACGGUCGCUACAGCUGGCCUCACAAUCCAAGUUCCGAUUGCUGCCAUUGUGGACACGCUCACCGGUCAUGCUCCUCAUCUACUGGACUAUAUCGGAGCUGCUGCUGUCCUAGUCGGUUUUGCUGGGAUCAACAUACCAGUUGGAGAGUCUCCGCAGGUUGUUCAGCAAGAGCAGGAAACUCCGAUUGUUAGCAUGGUUGAUGACCCGGUUCAUUUGCCCAGCAGUACCAAUGCUACUGAUGUCGUCUCAUAGUUGCUUGAGACCGUGCGAUUUAUCAACACUGUAUAGAGGUGGGGUUGGCCAGAUGAGUAGUUUCUUUGUUUUUCCUUAAGCUGUGCCAUCAGGACAAGAGAUGAACAUGGACUGAAGUUAGAGUAGCCUUCUUAGUUUGUUCAGAACUUUGAGUAACAAGUGUUUUGGGAUCAGUAUUUUAUUUUAUCUUGUAAUUAUUUACAUCUAUACAACCAGUUUCAUACAGAAGAGUAAAUGCUGUUUGUGAUUCAUGGAAGGUGUUGCGUUUCUAGAAGGGUAUAAGUAGCUGAAAAUUGUAUUAUGUAUAUGGUGAAACGCAGACAAUGGUAACUGAGCCUAUAUGUAAUGAGCCAAUGAGGUGUUUUAAGCCCUAUGCCAUG